AUUAAAAUUCAUUUGCUUUCACAAUUCAAUAAAUAAAGCCUAAAAAAAUCGAACGGGGUCGGCGCGGCACGCAAUAAAAAAAUCUGGGCCUUUGAUUGCACUGAAGAGGAUCACUUGAGAAUAGUAGGAGUUUUGUGAAACACAAUUCUACCAUAUCUUAACGCUUUUUCGAAUUCCCGUCAUUUUGGACGUCGAAUUUCAAGAUUUUGUCAGCCGAUUUAUAAAGAUUUACAUAAAUUAUUAUCCUCCAUUCACCACUCAGGUGACAAAAGGUCUGUUCUCGGUGGGAGUCUAAUUCGAUUCCCAUCAGUGGCGUUGGACUCUCUCUGCUGCGGCGUGGCACCUGGCCUUUGCUGGCACUGUUCUGGGCACUGUUUUUCUCCCUCGGAUCAGCUUCCUGUGGUCAGCUUGCUGUGCGUGCUGUGUGUCUGGUGGCGGUUUUUUAGCUUAUUUUAGACAUGGCGACCCCAGCUUCUCAAUUGCCUUCUACAAUAAAUCGAAUAUUGGACCUAUUUACUAAAUUUUCUGAAGGCUUGACAGAUAAAAUUAUGGAAGAUAAUCUUAGAGGUGUUGAACUGGGGGUCAGAGUUCAGGCAAUCAACACGCUACUUCAAAAACGUCAAAUCCAAAUGUUCAAGCAGGGUGAUUUCAUAGUAUAUAAGAGACAAGCAAAGGAUGAAUCUGGAAGGUUUAGGGGUCUCUCAACUGAAGACAUGCUUGUAUAUCAAGCCAUUCAAAAAGCUGGAAAUAUGGGCAUAUGGACAAAGGAUAUGAAAAGAGAAACAAAUUUGCAACAACCACAGAUUACAAAAGCAAUAAAAAAUCUUGAAACGCGUAGCUUAAUAAAAGGAGUGAAGCCCGUUUCUAAUCAAGCAAAGAAAGUUUACAUGCUGGCAGAAUUGACACCUUCAAAGGAAAUAACUGGAGGAGCAUGGUACACGGGACAAACUUUUGAUGCAGAGUUCACUAAUGUUGUUAAGCAACAGUGCUUGCGCUUUGUCAGGCAGCAGGUUGUAGCAACUAUUGGGAGCAUUGCUGAUUAUAUCAAAAAGCUAGGGAUAGCAAACGUGGAAUUGAAAAGUGACGAACUGAUGCAAAUAUUGGAUAUGCUGGUGCUAGAUGGCAGCGUGGAAAAAGUCAGAAGCACUGCAACUGGGGACUUUAUUUCCAUUCCUGUGAAUGAGUUUUGUUUUAGGGUUUCUCAAACUCGAAUUCAAGAGUCAUCAGCAUUCACAGAUAUUCCUUGUGGAGUUUGUCCUGUUUUGCACGAGUGCACAGAUGAUGGCUUGAUUUCCCCCAAAACAUGUAUUUACUAUAAGAAGUGGUUGGCGUUUUAGGAGAAAUCGGCCAGUGAACUAUCUGAAAAAUUGGAGUUACAGGUGGCAACUGCUUUAGUAGCUUCCACUUUCCUAAUCCAAGUAAAGGAGUACACAAAUUGUCAUAUUGUGGUCAAAGGAAAAGUAAAAGUGACAUGUCUUAAUGUUCCUGUCUUUCGAAAUUCGUUAUAUAUGAAUGAAUGAAGAUUUUUAAUGACGUUCACAAGACCAGGCAGUCUAUGAGAUCCAAAAACUGAGAACAACACAAUGAUUGCCAAAGAACCAACUGACCAACCUAGAAGCAGACCUAGAGCAAAUACUGAUCCUUGACACUUUGAGAAUCAUCAGCACUCGUUUCGAUCCUUUUCCUUUACCAGUUGGAACAAGAAGUAAAUUAUAAUGGCUCUUCAAAAUUUUCCUGGCCAAUGGAGUAUAGCAGAAAACAUGUAAUACAUGUAUCUGACCACUAAACUAUCAUUAAUUGUGCUAUCUAAUAUUAUCAGAGGUUUGAUUUUUUUGAGAGGGUAUAUAUUGAAGUUUGAAGGGUCCAACAUCUUGAUAUUUGUCAUAUUUGUAAUUUUUUCCUACCUAUUUACCAGGAAAUCAUUUUUAUGAUUAA